AUGCCUUGGCUGUCGGAGUCGGAGGAGCUGUCUGAAGAGCUGUCGGAGGAGCUAGAAUCGCUUAAGGACGAGGGUGUGGCAGCCUUCUUUCCGCUCUUCUUGACCUUCUUCGUCUUGGCUGGCUCUUCGUUAGAGUCGCUGUCGAAGUCGCUAGAGCCGACAGUUUCGGAGAUGUACCCGGCUGAUUGA